CCAAGUUGAGUUCCAUUUUUCUCUUCUUCUUCAGAGCUCUUCAAAGCUCGUCGUCCAUAACGAUGCCGCCAUUACCGUACCUGCAACUUCGAAGGAUUUUAAUUCGAUCUCUAGCAUCGUCUUCUUCGUUAUCUGCUGGUUCUUCUUCGAAUUUUUUGAAUAGAUCUGCGAGGAGCUUUCUUUUACAUCGGAAUUUGACGCCUCUCAUCCACCAUUUCCGUCAUCAUGGGGCGGCAGGGAGGUUAUCUUAUCCUUUGCAGCUCUCACUUUCUCAUUCGUUCUCCUCCGAAUCCGUGGAGGAUGACGUGGAUCAAACAUCGCAGUCACUUGCAACCGAGCUUCUCAAGGACCCUGAUUUGGAUCCUCUUCCCAUUACGAAGCGCCUUCAGCUUAGCUUUUCGCAUGUUAAACCGAAUCCGGAGUUAGUCCUCAAUACGCUCAAUCUCUCCUCGGAAGCUGGUCGGACGGUGUUGGGUUUUAAUGAGUGGUUAGUAUCGAAUCCUGAUUUUCAUCACACGGACGAGACUAUCUCGUAUUUUGUUGAUUAUUUUGGUCGUAGAAAGGAUUUCAAUGCGAUUUAUGAAGUUCUUGUGAAAGGUUUAGGUAUCAGUGGGGCUAAAACCCUGCGGUCGUCUAUUGAUCGGUUCGCUCGUGCCGGGCGACCGACAAAGCUGAUCUCAUUUUUUGAGACGAUGGAGAAAAAUUACGGGCUUAGGAGGGAUAAAGAGUCACUUAGAAUGGUGGUGGAGAAGCUUUGUGAAAAUGGCUUCACGAGCCAUGCUGUAAAGAUAGUCAAAGACUUGGCGAACGAGUUUUUCCCUGACGAAGCAAUAUGCGAUUCUCUGAUCAAAGGAUGGUGCGUCAAUGGGAAACUAGAUGAAGCAAAAAGGCUGGCGGGUGAGAUGUACAGGGGAGGGUUUGAGUUAGGGACAACGGCAUAUAAUGAUCUACUUGACUGUGCUUGCAAGCUUUGUAGGAAAAAGGAUCCGUUCAGACUUCAUUCUGAAGCUGAGGAAAUUCUGGUGGAAAUGGAUUAUCGUGGGGUUCCACGAAAUGUGGAAACAUUCAAUGUGCUGAUCAAUAAUUUGUGCAAGAUCAGGAAAACUACCGAUGCAGUAAAUUUGUUCCAUCGAAUGGGGGAGUGGGGAUGCAAUCCUAAUGCUGAAACGUUCAUUAUUUUGACUAAAAGUCUGUAUCAAGCAGCAAGGACGGGAGAGGGAGAUGAAAUGAUUGACAGGAUGAGGUCUGCAGGACAUGAUGAUGCACUUGAUAAGAAGACUUACUAUGAGUUUCUAAACAUUUUGUGUGGGAUCGAGAGGAUUGAUCAUGCCUUGACUGUCUUUGAAAAAAUGAAGAAGGAGGGGUGUGAACCUGGGAUUAAGACAUAUGAGCUAUUAAUUGGAAAUCUCUGUGCACAUAAUCAUCUGGACAAAGCAAAUUCACUCUUUAAUGAAGCUCAAAAACGGGGAGUGCCAGUUACUCCAAAAGCAUAUCAGGUGGAUCCAGGAUAUGUGAAGAAGCCAAAGGUAAAGAACGUCGAGAAGAAGAGGGAUACGUUGCCCGAGAAAAUGGCGAGGAAGAGGAGGCGACUGAAGCAAAUUCGACUUAGUUUCGUUAAGAAACCAAAAAAAGGCAUGCGCAGAGCAUUUUGAUCCUGCUUUCUUUUGCAGCUGCCCCUGAUACGGGACGAUGGCAGCUUUGACAUGCCAUUUCAUUAUAUUGGACAAAUGAACACGAUUAUAUGUAUAGUGGAUCAAAAUUCCAGGUUCGUUUAGGAAGAGAAUGCUGUAUUGUUUAAAAAUCCUUCCCUUAUUCUGGCCAUAGAUAAGCAUCGAUCUAGAGUGUAAAAUGAAGGUACUUCUUGUUCAUAUUUGAUUAUAACUGAUGCUGAGAACAGGUUAGUUAAUACUCGAAACAUAGCUGGUUCUGCUUCUUUA